AUGGGCGAAGAAGAACCUGAGCGUAUUCGCAUUGCGGAACCAAUUCGGCCGGUCCAUUCCGGGGUUUCGCGGGCGAGCGAUACGAAAGAAGACAUCAAUACUGCGUUGGAGCAGUCUCUCAGCAUCGAUGAUGAGGAGAAGGCUCGGCGCAUUGCCGAGGAAGAUCUAAACCAUAGUCACAAGCAAAAGUAUAGUGGCUUCAUCCUUCUGUGGCUGAGCUGGCAAGCAACUGGAGUGAUCUAUGGUGAUAUCGGGACUUCACCCCUUUACGUCUACUCUUCUACGUUCUCCAGCCAGCCAUCAUGGGAUGACCUGACCGGAGCCCUGUCCAUCAUCAUUUGGUCCCUGACUCUUAUUGUCACCGUCAAAUACACCUUUAUUGUUCUGUGCGCCAAUGAUGAUGGCCAGGGAGGCACAUUUGCCCUCUACAGUCUCCUCUCGCGUUACACCAACAUAGUCAAGCGCGAUCCUACUACGAGUGGCAUGAUUCGCAUGGAGCGUUACAAGACUGGCGAGUUGAGAUCCUCCGGACGACCUCUUCGGAGCUUCGUCGAGAAUUCCUCAGCCGCCAAGCUCUUCUUGAAGAUUAUUGGUGUUCUAGGUGUUGCCAUGGUUAUGGCCGAUGGUGUACUUACUCCUGCCCAGUCCGUUUUGGGUGCCAUUCAGGGCAUCCGUGUCGCCAACCCAGAUCUAGGAACCUCUACUAUUGUCGGCAUAUCAUGCGCAAUCUUGGUGUUUCUAUUCUUCUUGCAGCCUUUCGGCACGUCCAAAAUCGGCACCUCGUUUGCACCCAUCGUCGUCGUUUGGCUCUUGUUUAACCUCUGUGCGGGAAUCUACAACCUAGCCGUUCACGACUACACCGUCCUAAAGGCCUUCAGUCCGCACUAUGCGUUUGCUUAUCUUAUAAGGAAUGGCCACGAGGGCUGGAAAUCACUUGGCGGUCUACUGCUCGCAUUCACCGGUGUCGAAGCACUCUUCGCGGACCUAGGAGCCUUUGGAAAGCGUGCCAUACAGAUCUCCUGGCUUGGUCUCGCAUACCCUUGCUUGAUUUUCGCCUACUCUGGACAAGCAGCCUUCAUUUCAACGGAUGCGGAUGAGACGGCGUUCACUAACCCCUUCUUCUACACAGUACCGCCAGGAAGCCUGUACUUCUCGCUGGUCAUUGCAGUGCUCGCUGCCAUCGUCGCGUCCCAAGCGAUGAUCACAUCAACAUUUCAGCUCCUCUCACAAGUCAUGCGUCUGUCCUACUUCCCCCACAUCAAGGUUGUCCAUACGAGCACGAAGUUCCACGAUCAGGUGUACAUGCCUCUUGCGAACUGGCUCCUGAUGAUUGGCACUGUCAUCGUCACGGCCGUAUACAACAAUACUACAUCUUUAGGAAAUGCCUAUGGAGUCUGCGUCAUCUUUGUGACAUUCAUCACGACCUGUAUGGUCACCCUCGUAGCUAUACUCGCCUGGCGUCUGCCCAUCUGGCUCGUCCUCCCCGUAUUCCUCAUCUUCGGCGCCCUCGACGGCGCCUUCCUAACCUCGGUCCUCACAAAGGUUCCUGACGGCGCAUGGUUCACGCUACUCCUCGCCGUCAUUCUCUCUUCCGUCUUCAUCUUGUGGCGCUUUGGCAAGGAGCACCAGUGGGCCGCCGAGUCUCUCGACCGUCUUCCGCCCUCUAGCCUACUCGCGCACGGCGACCCGGCGCGCACACCCAGCAAUGGCGAUCCCAAGGACGAGAUCAGACUCACGCAAGCUUUCGGCGGCACCCCUGUGUCUACCGUUCCCGGGCUGGGCAUCUUCUUCGACAAGAACGGCGACACGGCCAUGCUGCCGCCGAGCUUCGCGCACUUCGUCCGCAAGUUCGCCGCCCGGCCCGCCGUCGUCAUCUUCUUCCACAUGCGGCCCCUGCCCAUCGCAACCGUGCCCCACGGCGAGCGCUUCGUGGUCACCCGCCUCCAGCCGCAGUCGGCCGUGCCUCGUCCGCAGCCAGCAUCGUCGUCUCGCUCACCCUCGCCGCAGGAGAGGCAGGGCCUGCCCUCGCUCCUGCCCAACUGCUACUCGGUGGUGAUGCGCCACGGCUACACCGACGACGUCCUCCGCCCCGGCAUGGCGCGCGAGCUCGUCGCGCAGAUCGAGCUGGCCGUGUCCCAGCGCUCCGGGGCAGAUGCGGUCGAGCUGGCGGCCCUGCGGGAGGCGCACGAGAGCCAGGUGGUGUACGUGCUGGGCAAGGAAACCAUGCGGGUAAAGAGGGAGGGCUCGCGGUGGAACGUGGCCAGGGUCACGAGACGCCUCCUGCUUGAGGCGUUCUUGUGGAUUCGCGAGAAUACGAGAGCCAAGCUGGCAGACCUGGACAUCGACGUGGAUCGGUUGGUCGAGGUUGGCUUCUUGAAGGAGAUCUAA